CCCAGUUCAUAUUGAGUUCCCCAAGAUCAAGCUCGUUCACUAUCAAGUGGAAAUUUGGACUUUUGUCAUUUUCUCAGGAUUAAUGAUGUCUACCUCGGUCGUUUUGGGAGAGGACCAAGAAGACAACCAACCAUUUUAUUGGCCUAAACAAUUGGCAGAUUGCCACAACAUCACGUUGCUGAAGCGCAUGAACUUUGAUGAUUGGGAGAAUGAGCAUUACGGCCAUUUACGGCAAGUGAUGCCCAAAUACCAACUCUGUCUACUAGCAACUAAACGCGGAUGCAAGGACACGAUUCCCGAACCUUUGGAUGUGGCCAUAAUGUUAGUGAUCUUCCUUGUCCUCGCUGCUUGCUUGCUUUACUUUGCUUUCUUCAAGCGGGAGGUCCGUCCCAAGAUGGGAAUUAUGUCGUUUUUCACCGAAAGAAACGAAUGCAGUCGAAGUGUCAGAACCAUGCAAUCACCCAAUGACGACGGGUCAAUUACUGGACCCCUAAUCAACCAUAGCAUGCCAUCCUCAAAGUGAAAGAAGCUGGAUGCUCCUCCUGGCUACAAGGAACUAAAAGAGUCAGCCAAACCCAUUCAACAAGCUAGGAACACCAUUCCCGAGGAGCAUUUGCCCACCUAUGCUGAAGCCGUGCUCAUUUCCAUGCCUCCCAAGGCUUAGACCAAAUCUUUUAUGGCCAUCAAUUUGAGGCACAAUUCAAUAUAAGCCCAAAAAAAACCUCUACCCUACCUGCGUCGAUCCAAACAGCUCGGGUGUCCUGGCCCAUGGGAGAGUUGCCAAUGGUGGUCAAGAUGAGGCUUCGAUUUUCGUGGGUGGCACCCACUCGCUCAUUCCGAACCACACCUGGGUUCUCUUUCUCUAUGGUAUUCAAAUGAUUGACUAUCUCCUGAAAUCUGAGAAACACAACAGCAUAAAAGUGACAUACGGUA